AUGUCGGCGUCGAGGCGGCUUUCAGCUUUGUCGGGACAAGUUAGAGCAGCGAGCACCAUGAAGGAAGCAAUCGUGUCGAGAGGACCCAAGGUUGAGAUUAUUGACACCACAAUCCCUAAAGCUGGGCCUGGGCAGGUCGUUACCAAGAUCAUGUUCUCUGGCAGCAAUCCAAAAGAUUGGAAGCGACCCGAGUAUUGGGGCGCCAGAGGCACAGGCAACCAGGGCGAUGACAUUUCAGGCGUCGUCCACGAAGUUGGUGAGGGCGUCUCCGAAUUCAGGCCAGGCGAUCGCGUCGCAGCCAUGCACGAGAUGAAGCAGCCGGGAGGGAGUUACGCCGAGUAUGGUGUCAGCUGGGCAUACACGACAUUUCAUCUGCCCGACAAGACUUCCUUUGAAGAGGGCGCUGCACUGCCUCUGACUGCCUUGACCGCUGCGUGCGGUCUCUAUGCGCGUCUCGGCCUCCCCGAGCCGUGGCUUCCUGUGUCUGAUUCUCAAAAGAUUCCACUGGUCAUCUGGGGCGCCUCAUCAGCCGUUGGAUCAUACGCCAUUCAGCUCGCCAAACGUUCCAACAUUCACCCCCUCAUCUGCGUCGCCGGUCGGGCGCAAGGGCACGUGGAGAAGCUGAUUGACAGAAGCAAGGGCGAUACGGUUAUUGACUACCGCAAAGGUCAUGAAGCUGUGGCUGAAGAGAUGAAGGCCAGUUUGAACGGGGCCAAGCUCGAAUACGCAUUUGAUGCUAUUUCCGAGGAUGGCUCGUACCAGACCAUUUGCGAGGUCCUCGAUCACCACACGGGAAAGAUAACCAAUAUUGAUUUUGGAUACGUGUACACGAGGUAUUUUAGCAAGGGUUUGGAGGAGGGUUGGUUGAAGGCGCAGCCGCAGGAGAUCAUCCCAGGUGGAUUGGCAGGUGUUGAGAAGGGCUUAACGAACCUCAAGAAUGGUACUGCGAGUGCGGUCAAGUAUAUCUUUAGGAUCGCCGACACUCCAGGUGUACAGUCAUGA